UGCAAACUCCUUUACACUAUUUUUUUUUUUUUUUUUCAAUAUUCAACUUGUUUGAAUUUGCCUUCGCUGAAUACCGUGGUAUAAGUCAAAAUAUCUAUAUACACCUUCCAAAUCUACCCUCAAAAGCUCUCUAUAAACCUUUCCUACCCUCCCCAAUCACUUUCCAGCGAUGGCGAAAAGCUCCCGCGCAAGCACGCGCAAGGCGAACAACCAACGCCUGAAGUCCAAGGUCUUUGGCCCCGUCGAGGCAGCUCGAGCUGAGCGUCUCUCCGCUAAGCUCCUCGAACUGGCGGCCCAACCCAAAGCCCAACCAGAUGCCGAGAUAAAGAUGGUAGAUGGUACCGAGGAGGACGCAGCCAAGGUGCAAAAUUCCACAGCGGUGCCAGAUGCCGAUAAUACGAUGGACGUUGACAGCGCUAAACCUACGAGCAAACGCAGCGACAAGAAGCGUAUUGAGAAGCGGAGGAAGACCAGCAAGAUCGUGUUCCCCAAGUACGGCGACAAGAAGAAAACAAAGAGACGCUAGAUGCGUGAUGCGGAAAAGGCUUGGUUGGGACGAAUUGCAUUGUUAGGCGUUCGGUUUUGUUUGAUAACUACGUAGGUAUAUCUAGGUCUAUAAUUGGUUCCCACAAUGAUACCCU